AAGCAGGCAGAAAAAGAUGAUGUUUGAAGUAAAGUUAAUUGUCUUAACUAUGAUGUUGUGGAGCAGUAAUAUUGCAGAACACGGUGCAAAGGGUGAUCCACAGACAUAUCUGGUAAACACUGGAUGCAGCACAUACAACGCUACGAACGUGCAGAGUUUCUAUGCGAAUAUCAACGCAACAUUUUCAGAGCUCAGAAGAGAUAUUAGCAAUAACAGCAAGCACUUUGGCACAACACAAGAAGCCAGAGAAGAUGUUCUCACCUAUGCUAUGUUUCAAUGCAGAAACUAUCUCUCCAAAAAUGAUUGUCUUUCUUGCUUCAACAACGCCUCAACCCAAAUCCGCAACUGCUCCCAAGCCAACGGCGCCAGAGUCAUCUACGACGGUUGCUUCCUCAGGUAUGAGAGCGAGAUGUUCUUCGACCAGACCGAUGAACUUGGCAAGGGUGUAUUAUGUGGGAAUAACACUUCAAAUGCCGCUGGUUUUGGAUUAGUCGGACAACAAGUCAUCGCAGAUAUCCAAACAGCAACACCCAAAACUAGAGAUUUUUAUGCAGCAACUAAGACACAGGUGGCUAAUGGAACUGCAAUUUAUGCUGUUGCACAGUGUGUUGAAACUGCAACCGAGGAUAAAUGUCUGAGUUGCAUGCAAGCUGGAUACAACAACUUACAAAGUUGUCUUCCCAACACAGAGGGUAGAGCUUAUGAUGCUGGCUGUUUCAUGAGAUACUCCACCACACCUUUCUUUGCUGAUAAUCAAACCAUUGAUAUUGCACCCUAUUUGAAAAAAGGAGAUUCAAGCAGGAAGUGGAUUAUAAUUGCUGCCAGUGUUGGAACUGUUGUUGCUCUCCUCUGUGUGUUGUUUGCAUGGCGAUGGUUUAUAAAACCAAAGAGGGUUCCCAGAGGUGAUAUAUUGGGAGCAACUGAGUUGAAAGGUCCAGUUAACUACAAGUAUAAUGAUUUGAAAGCUGCAACGAAGAAAUUCAGUGCUGAAAACAAACUUGGAGAAGGAGGUUUUGGUGAUGUAUACAAGGGUACUCUGAAGAAUGGAAAAGUUGUUGCCGUAAAAAAACUAGUGUUGGGGAAAUCAAGUAAGAUGGAGGAUGAUUUUGAGGGUGAAGUGAAGCUUAUAAGUAAUGUUCAUCAUCGGAAUCUUGUUAGACUUCUUGGUUGCUGCAGCAAAGGCCAAGAGAGAAUCUUGGUUUAUGAGUAUAUGGCAAAUAGCAGUCUUGACAAAUUCUUAUUCGGUAACAAAAAAGGUUCCCUCAGUUGGAAACAACGUUAUGAUAUAAUUUUAGGCACAGCAAGGGGACUAGCAUAUCUGCAUGAGGAAUUCCACGUGUCCAUCAUACAUAGAGAUAUUAAAACUUCUAAUAUCCUCUUGGAUGAUGAUCUUCAACCCAAAAUUGCUGAUUUUGGAUUGGCAAGGCUUCUGCCAGAGGAUCGUUCCCAUCUUAGCACAAGAUUUGCUGGAACAUUGGGAUACACAGCACCUGAGUAUGCAAUCCAUGGUCAAUUAUCAGAGAAGGCUGACACCUACAGCUAUGGAAUUGUAGUCCUAGAAAUCGUUAGUGGUCAAAAGAGUACCGAUGUGAAGGAUGACGACGAUGGUCGUGAAUACCUACUCCAACGAACAUGGAAGCUGUAUGAGAGAGGAAUGCACCUAGAGCUGGUGGACAAGGCCAUAGACCCUAAUAAUUAUGAUGCAGAAGAUGUCAAGAAAAUCAUAGAAAUUGCAUUGUUAUGCACUCAGGCGUCGGCUGCAACGAGACCAACAAUGUCUGAAGUAGUAGUGCUACUCAAAAGCAAGAGUUUAGUGGAGAACCUGCGACCAACUAUGCCUGUGUUUGUUGAAACGAAUAUGAAGAUUCGGGAAAGCAAGUCUAGCUCAACCAGCGGCUCUUCAUCUAAUGCCACUGCCUCCAUUUCUGUUCUAUCAGCACGAUGACUAUGGGGCCAAUGCAUUAAAUGAUCUUAACGAACUGAACCAAUAAUAAAGUAGACAAAGAUUGAUUUCAUUCCAGUUGUUUAUCAAUAGGUCAAGGUAAAAAAUUUGAUGUUAAUUAGGAACUGUUGUCGUGCUGUUGUAUAAGAACUAAGAAUGCUUAUGUAAAUUUGUGGAUAAAUUAUUGAACGGUCUGAAA